AUGUCCGACUCUGUGGAUAGAGUCUUCAGCCAUGCCCUCAACACCGUCAACAAGAUUCGGAUCGGCUCCGAGAAGCCACCCUCGGCCAUCCGCUUGAAGCUCUAUGGCCUAUACAAACAGAGCAUGGAGGGCGAUGUCGACGGCAUCAUGGAGCGCCCGGAAGGCGAUGACGAACAGACAAAGCGGUCGCAAGAGAAAUGGGAUGCAUGGAAACAGCAGAACGGCCUAUCGCGAACCGAAGCUAAACGCCGCUACAUUACCACCUUGAUCGACACCAUGCACAAGUACGCCUCGCCGAGCCCAGACGCACGGGAGCUGGUCGCUGAGCUGGAAUUCGUCUGGGACCAAGUCAAGUCCAACGUACCCUCGUCAUCUUCGUCAUCGCCCCACGGACUAGGCAUGCCCUCCUACCCCGCCCUUGGCUCAUCCCGCGAGUCGCACGAGUACCCCCCGCCGCAAAUACAGGCCUCGCAGAUGCGCAUCCUCACCCCUGCCGGCGCCGGCGAAGAAGAAGCUGGGGACGACAACGACGACGAAUUCGUGGACGCGCAGGACUCGGGCUCCCACCACGGCGCCGACACGAACCCACGGCGGAAUAUCCGAGAGCGGCCCCCAGCGCGGGAACGGUCGGCGAGCGACAAGCAGUGGCGGCUCCGGGUGGAGCAGGCGUUGGUCAAGCUGACGGCCGAGGUGGCCGCCCUACGUGAGCAGCUCGAGUCGCGCCGGCUAUUCCAGCACACGCGCCGCCGCCGCUUCCUCGCCUGGGUCGGCCGGUUCCUGUGGUUUAUCGUUAAGCUUGUUGCCGCCGACAUGGUCAUCCUGGGCAUAAUACUGCUGUGGAUGCGCCGCAAGAAGGACCGUCGUCUCGAGGGCGCCAUCCGCGUGCUGUUGGGAGAUGCCGUCGUGCAGAUGCAGCGCGUCGGUAGCCAGCAGGUUGCCAAUAUUGGCAAAAUCCAGUUGCCCAAGCUACCUGCCAAGCUGCCCAUGACCAAGAGCUAG